AAAGCACAUUUGAAGGAUCAUUUAAUAUCCAGUAUGAACAGGAGGAAUGAUUACAGACACCUGACUGCUGGUUUAACUCGUCCUUUAACAGUGACUUAAAAACUGCUUUAUUAUUUGUUUUGUUAAAUGAUCUUUGAAAACACCACAAUAGUGAAAAAGCACCAGAUUAUUAUUAACAUGUGAAUAAAUCAACUUUGGAAAAAAAAAACAACUUCAGACCUGUUUAAUGUCGAGAUUUUGAGAUAAAAACAUCUUUGUCUAAAAUAAAACAUCCCUGUUCUUCAGCACAGUUCUGUGUCUCAUGACAUCAUGUUGGUGAGUCACAGACUGAAAAUAUCCAAUCAAAGAAUUGAUUAAGUACAUUAAAAUGUGUUUUAGUCACAGCAGACUGAGUCCAUGUUACUUUACAUCAAAACAACCUUCCAGACGGCCGGACUCGACUGUCAGAGCUCAAACUUCUUCACACAGAGCAACACAAACGGUCCACUGAGGAGAAAACAGGAGAAAACUGUCUGUUGUUUGAUGUUUUGGACUCGUCAGCAGUUAUGAGAUUGAAGAUCAGCAGCUACUGAGAGAACAGACAUGGACAAACAGAAAGUGCUCGCCAAGCUGAUCUGGGACCUGCAGUCCUUCCUGUCUGUUCUGGACUCGGAGAACUUGAGUUACAUCGCUCAGGCUCAGAAGAAAUCCAUCUCAGAGCUGCUGUCCAAGCUGCAAACACCAGACACUCCUGGUAAUACUACAACUACCAGUGUGGAAGAUGCUGAAUACAUGAUCAUGAGCUGUCUGUCAUCGUCUCCUAGCAACGAGCUGACAGACACACCUGGGACAGAAGGUGUUCGGACCUCUGAGCUGGUCUCAAAGCAGGACCCGUCUGUCUGGCUGAGGAACGGGAUCCAGGGCCCUGUGGUGCCACCCCUCCCACCAGGAGGUCUAGGAGCUGACGAUGAUGAAGAUACCUACGAGGAGGCAGAACCCUACAUACCUGACACGACCACGAGUAAUGCAGAUAAGGCGGACUCCGACAGCAGUCACUACGAGUCGUACGGGGAGGAAGAUGACGACGAGGAGCACGUGAAGGACCGAGCCCACUACCUCCAAUGGAGCGCCUCCCAGCCCUGCCUAAGGCCCGCCCCCGAGUCCCGCCUCUGCGGAUACCUGUGGAAGAGGAAGUGGCUCGGACAGUGGACCAAACAGCUGUUCAUCAUCAGGAACGACGUGUUGCUGUGUUAUAAAUGUGCUCGGGACCUGCUGCCUCAGCUGGAGUUGAGUCUGCGCGGCUGUCAGCUCGUCUACAAGUCGAAGAGCAACAGGAAGAUCCAACACCAGCUCAAACUGAUGCUGCUGGGCUCAGAGACGCUGGUGCUCGGUUACAACAGCUUCCAGCAGGCCGACGAGUGGAGGAAGGUGAUUGAGGAGGUGAGUGUUGGAGGAGGUGACGUGAAGCCUCGGAGCUCAUCGUUUCUGAUCAGAUCAGACCAGCUGCUGUCCUGCAGGUCCAGUACAGUCCAGUCUGACUCUGAGGAGGAGAAACCUUCAGCUCACUGCAGCUUCAACAAGAACAAAGGCUUCCUGAACGUGCUGAUGAACUGUCAGUGGCAGAGUUUACUGUGUCAGGUGGAGUCGGGGCUCCUCAACAUGUUCGCAGAGGAAGAGGAGGAGGAGGAGGAGGAUGAGGAGGAUCGGGAGGUGAGGAGGGAGCGGUCGCCUCAGUACACCGUCCAGCUCCGAGGAUGCGAGGUCCGAGCCGGACCCGACACCGACCACUCCUACAGGAUCACACUGAGCAUGCUCGGUGACCAGGUGGCCGUGCUGGAGGUCAGUAGUUCGGGUGAGAAGGAGCGAUGGCUGCAGCUGCUGCGGGACGGAGCUGCCAAUCAUAGUCACCAUGACAACAGCACACCGGCGCACACAGGUGGAGCUCUCAGUGGGCUGCAGACGCGGAGGUUUCCCACCUCCAACACCUACAUGGACGACCCCUUCAGUCUGGGUGGAACAGGCCGAGACCAGCCCAUCUACUCCAACACCUCCAUACUGGAGCACAUGCUUCACAGCUCUCAGGAUUCAGUUCACCGCAGCUCGAUAUCGUCCAGAGACUCGGUGACCUACAGCAACACCGUCUUCACCAGCCACAACAGGAAGGUGGGUGAAGUGGAGCGAGGCGUUCAGAAGCUGGAGCUGACCGGGAAGAAGGGGGUGCAGCUGAGGGCGGGGUCAGAGAUCAACCUGGCGUCUGCCGGGAAGCAAAACAAACGCACCUCUUUCAGACAGUCGCUGGCUGUCUGCAGUGAGCGCGCUCAGGCGGGUUUCCUAAGUCCUCUGCUGCGACGGACGGCCUCGGCUAAAACCUCUCUGAAACGAGCUCCUUCGGCGCUGUUCAUCGAGCACGGAAAGGUUUUCCAGAGGAGGAAGCUUUAUGAAGCAUCAACAUCCUACGAGUCCCAGAAAGCAUCACUGUAAGAAACAACCAAUCAGAGACCUUUUAGAUUGUGUUGCCAUGGAGCUGACGGUGAAGUUAGAAGUUGAUGUUUGUAAAGUUUUAAUCAAUGUUACUUUUGGUUUUUGGAUCAUUUCGUUUCAUUUGGCUCAGAGUUUUGUUUUAACUUAAGAUAUUUAACGUUUUCUAGCUUUUCAGAACAUGUGAUCUAUCAGUAAAUGUUUUAGUUAUCCAAAGAAUGACGGGUUUUUAUAAUAUAAUGACAUUAUUGAAAAAAAAAGGAAGAAGCUGUAAACAUUAAAACAAAUCAGAAUUGUGAAUUUUCAGUAGCACAUUUGUUUUUUUUUUUAAAGGAUUUAGUUUUGUAUUGUUUUCUUUAAUCCCACAUGGACUCUUUGAUGUUAUUUUGUCAUUGAAUAAGUUUUGUAUCUGUUUUCACCGUGUACUUACCAGCACAAUGUCAUCAUUUACAUAUGAUUACUUUAUUGAUUUAUGUUUAUUACCAUGACUUUCACUUAUUUGUAUCAGUUUUUUUUUUUUCAUAUUUACUGUAUUUUAUACUCAGGUGGAUGUUUCUUUUUCAGUUUUUAA